CAAAGCAUGUAUUAUUCAAGCCAACCUACAGUCGUGUCUCCUGAAAUCACUCUUUUUGAGGCACUGUUUGAGCAGAAUACAAUAACACCAGAAGACAAUAAAUUGUUCAUAGACUGUGAUCAGCCAGAACACUACUUUACUCGAAAGUCUUUGAAGCAAGAAAUUCUUAUUUUUGCUCAAGGCCUCAAAGAUGUGUAUAACAUUGGUUUUGGCGAUGUCGUAGCAAUCUGUGCUCCAAACCAUUUGGACUGGCCAGUUGCUCUUCAUGCUCCACAUGUCAUUGGUGCAAUUACUGCCAGUAUACGCAAUGGAGAAGGAGACGAGAAUGUUGUAAAGGAUUCGGCAACUGUCAACCCAAAGCUAAUAAUUGCUCACAAGGACACCCUUUGUGCCGUCAGAAUGGCUGCCAAGCAUGUCGGUCUUCAAGACACUCAUAUACUUGUUUUUGGUGACCAAUCUAUUGAUGGAAUCAGGCCAUUCCGCAGUGUGCUUAUGAACCACUCGACUCCGGCUGUUCCUGUAAAGCUGACACCUCAAGAGCUUCGUACAAUGCCGAUUUUUCUUUAUUAUACUUCAGGAACAACAGGCACAAAAAAGUCUGUAAUACUCACAAAUUUACUCAUGGUAUCCAUGCUGAAUAGCAAAGACCCAUGUGCUUCUCCAACAACACGCUACUUGUCCUAUGCCAAGAACGCACACGCAAGUUCACUUAUGCUAACCAUGACCCUGUUUGUCAAAGAGGGGCAAGAAAUUUACCUCAUGAAGGAUUUUUCGUUCCAAGCCCUUUGCGAAGCCGUUCAAAAGCACAAGAUACAGAUCCUUGUGAUCCAGCCGUGGGUUGCUGCUGCAUUGGCGAGGGAGCCCUUGGUGGAUAACUAUGAUAUUUCUUCCUUGACUCUUGCCUACUGUGCAGGCUCUGCACUAGACCCAAUGACUAUGGCUCGCUUCAAAGAGCGCCACAAGAUUGCCUUAUAUAAUGUAUAUGGCAUGACAGAAGUAUUAUCAGCUUUGAAAGCGACCCCAGAAUCUAUUGAAAGAAAUGCUGUAGGUGUACUUUGUUAUGGAUAUUCCGCCAAACUAGUAGACGAAAAUGGAAAUGAAGUCCAAGAUGGAGAAGUAGGCGAAAUUUGCCUCAAGGGUCAUACUAUUACGCCUGGAUAUUACAAUAAUCCAGCGGCAACAGCAGCGGCAUUUGAUGAAGAAGGAUUCUUCCAUUGUGGCGACUUGUUUAAGGUCGACAAGGAUGGUUACUUUUACUAUAUGUCUCGCAUUAAAGAUGUGAUAAAGUAUUACAGCUACCACAUUACUCCUCCUGAAAUUGAGGACGUAUUGAUCACACACCCAGAAGUAUCUGAAUGCUGUGCAGUGGGACACUACGUGGAAGACAUGGCUACCGAGGUCCCAAAGGCAUUCGUUGUCCUUUCAUAUUCAGAGAAAAAGAGUGUGACUGAAGAAGAGCUUGUAGAAUAUGCAAACAGUCGACUCCCUGAACAGAUGAGACUCCGAGGAGGUGUUGUAAUUCUCAGUGAGCUUCCGAGAUCUCCGCUGGGAAAGGUUCAGCGCAACGCUCUUCGGCAUCAAAUGGGACAGCCAAUGAAAGUAGACCCUCUCCACAGUUCUCUUGGGCUUCUUACACCUUUACCUAGCCCUACACCCGUUAUAAAAUAA